GUGUACAUAGACGAUUCGUUUGAGUGAGUUGUGCUUUGCUGUGUCAGGUUGUUUUAAUUAUCCGCACAGGAAAUGCCACCCGAGUAUUGCCAAAAUAAACACCUACACGAAGAUUCGCGCUUGAAACGCUUUAAAUGUGAUUUAAAACAUCGUUUCUCAUGCUAUACAAGGCACGCGCCGUGAAAAGUAAAACAGAUUUAGAAAGCUUUUCAAAAUUCAAAUUGGUUCCAACUGAAACUCUUUAUUGUUGUGUGCAUUCGUGUAUCAAAGUCUGCGACGAUUUAUUCAAACAAACCAUUUGACGGGGAUCCUGAGACGGCGAAUUUGAUUGGUUAAAAGUUGGAAGCCAUUCAACCAAUUGGUGCCAGCCUGCUAUUUCGUUUACACCGAUGUGUGUUUUUAAGCCAUUUGCAAAUAAUCAGGGUGUUUAAAAGGUGACAACAAGAUAUUAAUGAAUAGAUGUCUUGGACCGCCAUUGAAGUUUAUGCUGAUUUGCAAGAGUCCUGUGUAAUCCGAUCCGCUUGACCUAUGUUCUGACACAAGCCCCAACAAGGUAAAAGCAGACAUUGCAUUCCGCCAUAACGCUCAAGGCUGGCUGUAGAUGUUAGGUGCAUGUCCUAUUCGCAAAGAUACCCUGAGGCGACUAGCAGCCUUUCCCAGACGACCUUAGGUCGUACCUCGAAGGUACAGCAGGGAACCAGUAUUCGCAACUGAAGAACUUCAAGACAGUCCACAGGCGUCUAUACUGAACCAUGGCCAGCGAACUGGACACAUUGAAUGUUCCAAGUCAAUUUGACGGACUUCAUUCAGACACCGUAGCAAAAGCACAACACAUCUCGCCAGAAGACCUGAGUCCGCCACCAACUCCGAUAUCACUUUCAACAACUACAACAAGUCCAGAGUUGAUAAACAAACUUGACAACACGCAAGCCCUAUUCGAGGAACGUAGCCUUCCCGCUAUGCCUUGCGCAAGCACGACAACAAGCGUGAAUCCAGUCUCCACUCCACUCAACGCCUGCUCCAGUGUCACCACUUCGGGACUUACUCUACAGCAUCCGCAAGGCCACGACUUGCGAGAUAUCCUCGCGGGACAACUUCCACCACACACCAGUCCGUAUUAUCCGCCACAGUUCCCUCCGCUUCACUACCAACAACCGCCUCAACGCUUCGACUUUACGCAUUCGAUAGAUCACUUUCAACAAUCAACGCCGUUUGGGCAAACUGCGUCGGCGUUCCAUCCACAACAGCAGCAUCCAACACAUCAGCAGCCGAGCUCGAACACUAAUCAUAGACUUAUAAGACAACGAGAUCAAUUACAACGUCUGGACUCCACGGUGAGUCAGUUUAGUCCUGAAUUAGUAAAUGGACAUUACGGGCCCCACUCGCGACGCCAUGAUCCGAUUCGAUUAAGUAACGAACCCAUGGAUAUAUUACCGCCUACGCAACUAAGUGGACAAAGCACACCUCAGUCACUUGAGCCUCCAUCAUCAAGAAUUUCACGUGAUAUCAAAUACAGCCUGGAAGACGAAGACAGUAAAGAGGACAUCGAUACAAGUUUGCCUGUGCAACCUUCGGAUGUAUUUUGUUCGGUCCCAGGCCGCUUAUCGUUGCUAAGUUCCACGUCCAAAUACAAAGUGACUGUCGGUGAAAUACGUCGAAGGCUCUCGCAUCCGGAAUGUCUCAAUGCAUCCCUACUGGGAGGGGUGUUAAGACGAGCCAAGUCGAAAAAUGGUGGUAAAUGUCUACGGGAAAAAUUAGAAAAAAUUGGUUUAUCGCUACCGGCCGGGCGAAGGAAAGCGGCGCAAGUGACGUUGUUAACAUCGUUAGUGGAAGGUGAAGCUGCUCAUUUAGCGGGUGAUUUCGACUACGUGUGUGUAUCAGAGUUCCCUACACAAGCAUUAUCAGAGCACGUAGCGAAGACACAAAAAGAAACUACGGAUUAUGAUACAAGAAAGAACGCCAUACUGGCUUGCAAACAAAUCACCAAAGAACUUCAAGAUGUACUGAGUCAAGAUCCUUACCCGACAACACGUCUAUCAAACAGUACAUUGCCAGAAUCCGUUCUGAAAGGACUUACACACUUUGGGCUGGUAACGCACGGCUUUGGUACGCCCGCGUUUAAUGCUGCUCUAAACUCCUUUCAAACAUAUCUCAACGAACUUUUAAAAUGUCACGAGUCUCUUCAUAACAAUAACAAUGGAUUUCAGGGGGGUAUGACGAGCUCGAGGAGUCAGUCACUGAAGAAUGGUGAUGUUUAACGAAUAGAUAGAAAUAUUGACAGCAAAUGAAAUGAACAUUAGCGCCACUUUGAGUUGAAAUAUGCUACCGUUGCCGCGUUUUGUUAGUGUAAGAUCGUAUACAGCCAACUCAAUAGAGGUUGUUCUUCGAAAACAUUGAACCUAACACUGUGAGCGCGCAAGGGAUGAUGGGUAUUAGGACAAAAGAGAUGACUUGCAACAGCAAAUCUUCUUUCUUCUCCGGCAACCUUUGGACUAGAACAAGUCAUGAUAUAAGUUACCACCCAUCAUCUGUUUUCCGCUAAGAGUUCAAGGUUAACCCUUUUUGAAGGACAACCUUUAAGUGAUGAUAUAUUUUGGCCGGUGGGUGGAUUGUCCUUAUAUUUGCAAGGCAAAUGGCCGCCUGCGCCCUCGAUUUAGUUAACGCGGUAUGGUCCAACCCCUUCCGUUAAUUUUUUGUACCAAUAUUCUGAGUAAAACUCCUAUUCAACAUUCUGGUUAAUAAACGCGCUACAAAGUUGGCCCGCAAUUAUUCUGGCCAGUUGACUGCACUCUGAGUAGCUCAACUGUCCAUUUGUUUAAUUUUUAUGGAAAAUAUACAAAAUAAGUGUAAUCUUAAUGUUGUCCGCAUGGAUAAAUACGCACAAAAUGUUAAUCAAAUGUAUCAGAAUCGUGCACUCCAAGCUUUAAAUUAAAGACUUGAAGAUUGACGUUUACGCCAAACGUCAAAAUACUGACAAACUUCAUGUUUUAACUGCGCUAUCUUAGAGUUUGCAACAAUUUCGUUCAAUCAUGAACGUUCUACAGUUAAACUCUUGAUAUUCAGUAGCGAUGUAAGAGGAAGGAACAGCCGUUGUUUUCUUUCUUCACUGCUGAAUAUUGCGAGUUUUAUGUAAAACGUUUAUGAUUUAACCAAGUUGUUGCAAACUCUAAGAUGGCGUAGUUAAAACAUAAAGUUUGUUAGUGAAUUCGCGUUUGGCGUAAACGCCAAUCUCUAGGACAUUUUCUGAUUGGCAAACAGAUUUGUCAAUCAAUUUUCGUCUCAAUAUUUGUCACACUGACAGUUGCACAUUUAUAUAUAGCACAAUACUUCUAAAAAGAUUCGUUAUUUUCCCAGGGGCAUCAAUUUUUUGCAUGCGUCCAAAAAUUUUAUUUUGCGGUCAAAUUUCCAUGUUUAAAAUAUUUAUUUAAAAGUGUAAAUUUUAUUCGCGCAAAUGCGAAUUCUCGAAAGGCCGUAAUAUAUUGAUAGUCAUAGAGUGUAAAGUGAGUUAUAAUCUUAGAUAAAAAGAGUAUUUUUAAAGUUGUUUCGUGGAAUACGUUUUAAGUAUUUACAUACGUGGAUAAAUUGUAUUUAAACUACGGGUAUUAACAUACAAAAACAAUGUUGCACAUGAUUGUGUACAAAAAAAUAUGUAUUACAUUGUAGGUCUUAGCGCAAAUAGCCGCUGACCGGCACAUCUGAGUUGUGACUUCCAAUCAAUGGGAGGAUGUUGGGCGUUUAAUUCUGGUAUAUGCCUAUAUACGACCCGAAAUUUCACUCAAAAUGUUUGUACUUACAUUGUGAAGAUCGCUGAGAAUUACUUAAAAUUUUCUUUCAUAGAACUUUGCUAUGCAAUAAUAGCAAAUAAUAUUGC